AUGAAGAUCGGAGCUCGGAACAUGACCAUCAAGCCCUCGAUCGACGUCAAGAUCUCCAAGAUCAAGGAGCUCCAAACUCGCGGCGAACAACACAAGGCCCUCCAUGCCCAGAAUGAGCUCCGAGCUUACAUGAAGACGGAAGGCUUCAGGCCACUCGCACCGCUCGGCUUGCCCCUCCUCCAGGGAAGUCUCUUCGUCUCCUUCUUUUGGGCCCUGCGUGAGAUGGGCAGCCACCAUCUACCUAGUUUGACUGCCGAAGGUGCCCUCUGGUUCACCGAUCUGACUCUUGCGGGUCCUUGGUAUGGCUUACCGUUGAUCGCUUCUGGUUUGACCCUGCUGAGUGUCGAGACUGCUUCUGAGAUGGGCGGCUUGAAAGCCGGACAGAGCCAAAAGGUCAUGUGGUUCUUACGAGCUGUGAUCGUUGGCACUUUAUGGUUAUUCCAUGACUUACCUUCAGCGGUAUUCCUUUAUUGGUGUACAAACAACAUGUUUUCAUUACUCUGGGGGACGUUUAUCAGGUUGAUCCCGAAAUCUUUAAAAGCCAGAUUAGGUAUCCCCGAUACCAGUGCGAUCAACGCCAGUCAGAACAACUCGACUACGCCCAGUCCCAGCUUCCUCGACGGAUUCAAAGCCGCCGCUUCUUCCCCUUCCUCCAAUCCUUCUCUAGCCACCGCUGAGCAGAAUAACAUCUUGCCUCCUCAACCCCUUCUGUGGCAAAAACCUCCUGCUCCAAAACGCACCAACAAAAAUCCUCCUAAAAAACCCAAUAAUGCCACUACUUAA